AAAUCGGAUGCAGUGUGAAUCCAGCAAGUCUCCUUGCCAGAGGAGAGGAACAUCCCUGUCAACCCUAUCCCAGCGCAGUUGUGUAAUUGUGUUCAGUGUAGUUUAGUUUAGUAGAGUGUGUAUAAAACGUAAACGAAGAAUGGAUAGGAGUACAUUUGCCAAGUGCUCAAAUUAUUUCGACAGAUUGCGGAGCAAAACACGCAAUGUCGACGAAGGUAUCGAAAAACUUUCCGAGACGUGGAGAACACCGCAACUUAUUAUCGGCGGCUACGCGGAAUGUACGACUGAGACUAACAUGUAUCUGGAGAGGUUAUGGGAAUCUGUACGGAAUACUGGUGUUGCACUGGAAAAACUUCAGUUAAAAUUGGAACCGUCAUUGGAUAAGACAGAUCAGUUAGUAAAAGAGUCGCAAGCGAUGUACAAAGAUUUGAAAGAGCAAUGUGACAAUUUGGACAUUGUUCUAGCGGAAUAUGGCUAUCAUUAUGAUGAGAGUAAUGAUGGACAAGAGAAUCAUUCACGAAAUGAUAAUCAGAAUUCCAUGAAUGACAAUGCUUUUGAUACUGAAGAGAUGCUUGAUAUGGAAGUUGAGUUUACCCCGAACUUGACAUGGAAAUGUAAAACUAAAUCCAGAGAAUCGGAUUCUUCCAAUACAAGCCAGAGGAAUCCCAUCUUCAAGGAAAAGAAUCAAAUUUGCCAAAACAAAGAUGUUUUUCAAAGAAUGAAUUAUUUAUAUCAGGCUAGUCAUCUAAUGGCAUUAAAGAAUCGAGUUAUGGCAUCUUACUUUGGUAACCAUAUGUUCGCUUGUGCUAAGAAGGCAGUAUUACGCACGGAACCAAAUUUAAAAAGAACAAUAUGUAAAUGUUGUCAAAGUCCACUCAUAUCUGGGGAGACAGCCAGAGUUAGAUUAGUAUCAAAGCCUAUAAAGGGUAUCAAAUGGACGUGUUUAACUUGCAUGAAUAGUAAAAGAUAUCCUACAAAAAAAGGAUAUAAAUUAUGGCUUGAUCAACCAGAAUCACUGGUUCGAAUAUUAGAUUUUACACCAAAAUCGAAAAACGAGAACUUUCAACAACUUGGCUUUGAAAGUAAUCCUGAGGAAGUAAAGGAACAAACUGAAAACUAUCCUAAAAAUCUUACAAGUUGCACUGUUUUAAAAAAUGUCAAUCAAGAUGAAAGUAAAGAAGACCAAUCGAUCUCAAACAGGUCUGUUUUACAGACUUAA